AUGAAGCUCUACCCACGGAUGCUGGAGGGCUCUCUACUGAACCAAAACGACACGAUGCACAUCGCGCAGAUGCUGCAUACGCUCUACCGACGGACAGGGCCAGCACAGAAGAAAGCGCUGCUGCCGGUUUUGCUGGAGUUUGCCGAGAAGCUUAUCCAGGAUCUUAAGAUGAGGCAUCUGACGCCUCAUACAGCUGCAAGCUUGCACCUCAUAUCUUUCUUCAAGGAGGCCCAGCAGUAUGACAAAGGAUCCGAGUUCUGGAAGUGGCUCUCUCGGCAAACGGAUGAGUUUGUCGAUGCUGAGGUUUACGGAGCGGCGAUCGAGCUGUUAGCAUAUCAGGGCGCUGAAAGCUUGGAAGCCUUGGAAGAGCUGUACUCUCACGCACUGAAGCGAUACCCGGGAAACUUCGCGGAGUAUCACCUUUCGCCGGAAGCUAUAGUCCCGGACCGGGCACAGCCGACCACCAUCAAGGGCUUGCCGAUGUCUUUACUCCAGGGAAUUCUCACAGCUCGCAUCCUACGUGGAGACUGGAGGAGGGCCUAUCUAGCGCUAGACACCGCGCUCCGUCUAUUCCCAACUCAAGUGCCGGGGCGCUUUUUCGAGCUUUUGAUGUACGAACGUCCAGUCACAGAAUGCUACAAGGUGUUCCUCAUUGCAUGCCGCUCAGGAGUGAUUCUGCGACCUGAGAGGCUAGGUGCCGUUCUAGACAAGCUCGUAUCUGCUCAGCAGGAUAAGGGUACUAAGCUCGCCCUUUCGGACAGAGUAACCCUGCUAAAUGGCAUGAUCAACGCCGUCCAUGCGUAUGUUGGCGCCGGCGGGACGGUAGAAGGACCUCAUCUCAGCAUGCUUGUGAGAGGCUUCGCUGGCUUACUUCCAGAACGGAAGCUACGGGUGGAGAACGAUCCGGUGAGUGAGGUGGCCCAGUCGAUCGCUGCUGCUGCGCGUACUUUACUCAGAACCUUCAUGCAAGCCGGCACUGUUCCAAGCACAUCAACGUUCAACAGCUUGAUCCUCCUUGCAGGUCGGGCGAAUCUUCCGGAGAUGAUCGCAGCCACAACUCAGGAUAUGAUUGCGCUUGGCAUAGAGCCGGAUGCUGUGACGUAUAGGACCAUGGUUCUUGCCGCUGGAGACGUCGGAACACCUCAACUGGUAGAGUCGAGCUGGCAGACGCUCGUCAAUGCGGCUGAAGGACGGUCUGAGAAUCUUGACAUAAAAGAUUGGCAAGCCUUAGUCAAAGCAGGACAGAGAGCGAAACACAUCACUUUCGUGCAGGAGCAACUGGAUAAGCUAGGACGUGGUAUGAAUCCGCAUGUCAUCGGCCGUCUCAUGAAUGACCGUCGCGAUGCCGGUUCCAAGAAUUCCGCCGCAGUGGACACCGACAGCAUGGACCCAGAGUCCUUAGUGUUCCACAUGCAGCAGGUCAUGAGCCGCAUCUCGUCCAUCAUCCAGCUCAUCCAGUCCGGUCGGCUACAAGACUUCUUCGAAUCUCCGCUACCUAUGUCCUUAUCGCAAGCCGAUGUGCAAUUAGGUCCCGAGGAGAUUCUAAGAAAAGUAUACGAUGAGCUUUCCACGGACCCGCAACAGCCUCCUGCACCUAGAUCUGGUCCACCGUCUACCAAUCCGACUGGCUUUCCGCUCGAUGAGCUUCGCUUUGAAAACUGGAAGUCGAUUAACGAGUUGCUUCUGGAAGCGGAAACGUACGAGAACGAGAAGCAGAAGGCUGUUGACAACGCUAUUGCUAGCGGCAAGCCGAUGCCAAAGAAGAUUGCGGUGUCGAGCUUCCCAAGCGUUGGCUCAGCGGAGGUAACUGAGAACGAACAGCGCAAGGCUCCGGACGUCACACCUUCAGAAGUGAAGCAACGAGUACUCAGGCUGCGCGGGCUUGACAAGCCACGGCAGCUCCACUUCGAUACUUAG